AUGGCAGUUGACACGGUGAAAUCAGUUCUUUCUAAGCCCAACGGUUGUAACAAAGACGAACAGACAGCCCAGAAGGCUGGAGCUAAUCCACUGGUGUUCGAUGCCAAGUUCCUGAGGCACGAAUCCAACAUUCCCCAGCAGUUCAUCUGGCCUGACCACGACAAGCCGAGAGGCAAUGCCCCGGAGCUUAAAGUCCCAAUAAUCGACUUGGGCGGGUUCCUUUCCGGCGACCCUGCCGCCACAAACGAAGCCGCGAAACUCGUCGGCGACGCCUGCCGGAAGCACGGGUUCUUCCUGGUAGCUAAUCACGGCGUGGAAAGCAAGCUGCUUUCCGAUGCCCAUAAGUUCAUGGACGAUUUUUUCGAGCUCCCGCUCUCUGAGAAGCAGAAGGCGCAGAGGAAACUCGGAGAGAGCGCCGGUUACGCCAGUAGCUUCACGGGGAGGUUUUCCUCCAAGCUUCCAUGGAAAGAAACGCUUUCCUUUCGGUUUACCGCCGAAAAGGAGUCGGCUGAAAUUGUUCGGGACUAUCUCCUCGACAGAAUGGGCCAAGAUUUCUCGGAAUUCGGGAAUGUGUACCAGAACUACUGCGAAGCGAUGAGCACGCUUUCCCUCAGGAUCAUGGAGCUUCUGGGAUUGAGCCUGGGAGUGAAGAAGAGAUCGCAUUUCAGAGAAUUCUUCCAAGAGAACGACUCGAUAAUGAGGCUGAACUACUACCCACCCUGCCAAAAACCUGACGCCACAUUAGGAACAGGGCCUCAUUGCGAUCCGACGUCGUUGACAAUCCUCCACCAGGACCAAGUGGGUGGGCUUCAAGUGUUUGUGGACAACGAGUGGCGCUCCAUCACCCCCAAUUCCAAUGCCUUUGUCGUCAACAUUGGCGACACCUUCAUGGCGCUGUCGAACGGGCAAUUCAAGAGCUGCUUGCACAGAGCGGUGGUGAACAGCACGACGGCGAGGAAGUCCCUGGCUUUCUUUCUGUGCCCAAAGAGCGACAAGAUCGUGACGCCGCCGGAGGAAUUGGUGGACGAGAACAAUCCCAGGGUGUACCCGGAUUUCACAUGGCCAACCUUGCUGGAGUUCACCCAAAAGCAUUACAGAGCCGACAUGAAUACCCUCGACGCCUUCAGAAAUUGGCUUCUUCAGCAGCAGCAACCGGCGGCGGCGGGUGUGACUGACCUGUGAAUUGCCAACAUUGAGGGAAGAAGUGAAGGAAAGGGAGGCUGCCACCGAAAAAAGAACGUUAAUUAGUUUAAGAUUAGAAGGAAAAGGCCACAAAAAAAAAAAAGGAACAAGAAGGGACAAAUUUAGUACAGGUAGAGGGUAAUCAGUAAAGAAAAAAAGGCCAGUUCUUAUGUUAAUAUGGUCUGUGACUUAGCAUUUUGAUCGUGGGCGGGACGGGGGCAACUCCUUUGGGUGGAAAAUAAAGGGGGGUAGAAGGGAACACAGAGAAAUAAAUAAGUACUUGGGCAGAUAAUUUUUUUGUACUUCAAUUUUUGUUUCUCUUUUGUUAAAUUCGCGUCAUAAUACAGGGGGAAAAGAUUAUCA